AAGAUAUCAGUAGCAGUUGGAACUUUGAAGGAAUCGUACGGUUUAACGGAUAAACAUGGAAGUAUUUGGCUGAUUCUAGGAGUGCUAAAGUGAAAGAGAGCAAGAAGUGUGUUAAAACUAAAAAGUGCAUUGUUUAAAUAAAACUCUCAUACUCAGCAAAAAUACAGUUGUUUAUACAAUAACAAAAAGUGUUCAAGAGACGAAAAGAGAAUUAAGGUUUUUUGUUGAUUUUUGUAUUUGGAAAAAAUAAAUAAAUAAAAGCAAUGAGCUGAGAGUGUUUUAAAGAGCCUAAACUAAAAUAACAACGGGCCUAACGAAAUUCAAAAGAGCCACACAAAAGGCGGGAGAGAGAGUAUACAACAAAAAUGUUAUUUUGUAAAUGUCAAGUGUAAUGUCAUCAACAUCUCAAGUUUUCAUUGUUUGUAGAUACUUAGACAUCGCCAAUAACUAUAUAGAUAUAGUGCUUCCAACUGUAAUACAAACGCGUUCGUAUAAAUUUAUCAAUAAAUUUAAAACUCUCUUACACUUACAACUACAAUCAACUACUAAAUAAAAAUCCUUUCGCUAAAACAAAAAGGAUUAAUAUGUGAAAAAUAAUCAAAAUUUGUGAAAAAAUAAAUCAAAAUUAUUAAGCAAUAUUGAUAAAAAAAAAACUUCUUUUAAUCAAAUAACAAAAAGUGCCAAAAUAUAAAAAUGUGUCAAAAUUUUAAAGAAAAAUUUUAAAGAAAUAAGGAAUAUUUAACAAAAACCUCCUUAGAAAAAAUCAAAAAAAAAAAAAAAAAGAAAAAUAUUCUGCCAUGUAUGCAUUUGACUUCCGGAUUACUGCAAUAUUUUCAUAUACAUACACACAAUUUUAAAAUUAAAAACUAGUGCAGUGUUAUUUGAAGAAGAAAAAAAACCUAAAAAUUUUUAAAAAUUUUAAAAUAACUAACAAGUUUCUAGAAAAAAAAUACCAUAAAUUGGAAUUGAAAACCACAAAAAUUAAAUUCACAAAUCUAAAACAUAAAUAAACAAAAGAAAAGAAAAAAAUACAAGGAAAAGCAAGAAAAUCAAAACAAACAUCAUGUGGAUUAGUUGCCAUGCUGUUAUAAUUUUGCUCCUUUUGCAUUCCGAUACUUUGUUGGCGGAAGUCUAUGAAGCACAUUUACGCGGUCCGGGUUUUGUGAUGGAACCGCCGGGUCGUGUUGAAUUUUCAAAUUCCUCUGGCGGCUGGUUGGAUUGCUCAGCUUCGGGCAGUCCUCAGCCGACCAUUGACUGGGUGCAUGCAGACGGUACGGCUGUAACGGAAAUUCAUGGUGUUCGUCGUGUGCUACGCAAUGGUACUUUGGUACUUUUACCAUUUCCUGCAGCUGCAUAUCAUCAAGAUGUGCAUAACACAAUCUAUCGUUGUGUUGCCAGCAAUGGUGUUGGACGCAUUGUAUCCCGAGAUGUGCAAGUCAGAGCUGUCGUUGCACAAGCUUAUAAAGUUGAUGUAGAAGUUUUAUCUGCAUCUCGUGGUUGCACAGCCAUUUUACGUUGUGUAGUGCCAACGUUUGUUAAGGAAUUGGUUCGAGUGGUCUCAUGGGUUCAUGAACCUGCUAUCUACAUAUAUCCAUCAUUACAAGGCGAUGGUAAAUUUCAUUUAUUACCCACCGGUGAAUUACUUAUUCAUAAUCUACAAGAAAGUGAUGAAUCCCAAUCGUUUCGGUGUCGAAGUAUGCAUCGAUUAACACGUCAAGUUGUUGUUAGUUCACCCACAAGACUGAGAAUAAAUUCUCAUCGUGGUAUUAUUUCACCUAGUGUUGUUGAGCAUACAGCACAUGUACAAGUAUCACAAGAUGAGGGUGCUGUUUUACUAUGUGUGGCCCAGGGUUGUCCAUCUCCUGAAUAUAGCUGGUAUACCCACAAUGGCCCUGGUCCCCUGCCUGUUCUAAGUGGUCCUCGCAUACGUUUACUGGGACCCAUAUUGGCCAUCGAGGCUGUGACUGGUGAAGAUUCGGGUGUCUAUAAAUGUACAGCUAGUAAUGUGGGUGGUGAGGCAAGUGCGGAGCUACGUCUGUCGGUGGCCACACCUAUACAAGUAGAAGUACAACCAAAUGUUCUUAGUGUCCAUAUGGGUGGCACCGCUGAGUUUCGUUGCAUGGUCACCAGUAAUGGCAGUCCGGUGGGUAUGCAAAAUAUAUUGUGGUACAAGGAUGGACGUCAAUUGCCAUCAUCUGGUCGGAUAGAAGACACUUUAAUUGUGCCACGAGUAAGUCGUGAGAAUCGUGGUAUGUAUCAGUGUGUGGUGCGACGACCAGAGGGAGAUACAUUUCAAGCAACAGCAGAAUUGCAAUUAGGAGAUGCCCCACCAGUUCUGCUUUAUAGUUUUAUUGAACAAACUUUACAGCCUGGUCCUGCUGUAAGUUUAAAAUGUUCAGCAGCCGGAAAUCCAACACCACAAAUUUCAUGGACACUGGACGGAUUUCCACUACCAUCAAACGGAAGGUCAUUUGCAAAUGGAAUUUGUUUUUCUCUGUUCUCUUUUUUUGGUAUUAUUACAGUUCCCCCUAUUAUAGAACCAUUUGCCUUUCAAGAUGGUUUAGCCGAAGGUAUGCGCACUCGCACCGUUUGUGGUGUAUCAAGUGGUGAUGCCCCUCUCAAAUUGUGGUGGCUCAAAGAUGGUGAGACAUUGCCAGAUCUAUUGGGGGCCAAUGUUACCAUGUUAGAUCAAUAUUCCUCGUUAUUAAGCAUACCUUCGCUAUCAGCUUCACAUUCUGGUGAAUAUACAUGUGUGGCCAAAAAUCCAGCAGCUGAAAUAAAAUAUACAGCCACAUUACAGGUCAAAGUGCCACCACGUUGGAUUGUGGAACCCAGCGAUGCCAGUGUUGAACGCAAUCGUCAUAUUAUGUUGCAUUGUCAGGCACAAGGUGUACCCACGCCCAGUAUUGUUUGGAAAAAGGCCACUGGAAGCAAAUCAGGUGAAUAUGAAGAGGUGCGUGAAAGACCAUUUACAAAAUUACUAUCAAAUGGUUCGCUGCUAUUGCAACAUGUCAAAGAGGAUCGUGAAGGUUUUUAUUUGUGUCAAGCCAACAAUGGUAUUGGUACUGGUAUCGGUAAAGUGAUUCAACUAAAAGUUAAUUGUAAAAUUUCAGUCAAGCAAGAAGCAACACCCGAUGGUGUAUCAGCAGAAUUACAAAUACGUUUAGUCGAUUCCACAGAUAGUGGUCCAUAUUUUUGUCGUGCCAGCAAUUUGUAUGGCAAUGAUCAGCAAUUGGUGCAGUUGCAAGUACAGGAGCCACCACAGCCACCGUCCGUGCUUGAAGCAGCUAUGAUAUCAAGUCGUUCCGUAAAUUUAAAGUGGCAGCCAAAAACCCAAAAUUCUGGAGAUGUAUCUAAGUAUAUAGUGGAGUACAAGGAAACGGAUGCUACUUCCUUUAUAGACCAAUGGCAGCACAUGGAGGUUAAGGAUCCUCCCAGUUACAAUGCUCUUAUAGAGAACCUUAAACCUGCUACACGUUAUGCAUUUCGUGUUAUAGCGGAGGGAACAGCGGGACGUAGUGCUCCUAGUCAGGAAUUGGUUAUACGUACAGAACCGCAGCGUCCUGCUGGUCCACCUUUAAAUCUUUCUGUACGUCCCUUGUCUUCCACAGAACUUUUAGUUAGUUGGGUGGCACCUUUGGCCGAACUAAGGCAUGGUGAUAUUCAGGGCUACAAUGUGGGCUAUAAAUUGGCUAGCACUGGUAAUACGGCCUACAAUUUUACUUCAGUUUCGGGUGAUGGCGAAGGCGGCAGUGGCGAAUUGUUGUUAACGGGCCUGCAAAGGUUUGCCCGUUAUAAUGUAGUUGUACAGGCUUUUAAUCAAGUUGGUCCUGGACCUUUGUCAGAGCCUGCUUCUGCACAAACUAUGGAGGAUGUUCCUAGUAGAUCUCCUGAAGAUAUACGUUGCGCUGCUUUAACCUCACAGUCUCUACAAGUUUCUUGGCAGCCUCCACCUAUUCACCAUACAAAUGGCAUUUUACAAGGCUAUAAGUUAAUUUUUGAACCUAUUCUUGACGAUUAUUCUCCCAACAAAGAUGAAGUAGAAUCACGUAAAACAACUGCUUUGACUACAGUCCUCACAGGCCUACGAAAGUACGCCAACUAUAGUAUACAGGUAUUAGCCCAUACUCGCAUGGGCGAUGGCGUACUUUCAAAUCCCGUUUACUGCCAUACCGAAGAAGACGCACCGGAAGCACCCGCCGAUAUAAAAGUAGUAGUAAGUUCACCACAAUCUUUAUAUGUCUCUUGGCUACCACCCACCGAACCAAAUGGGGUCAUUACCAAAUACAAUCUGUACACUAGAGUGGUCAAUGGACGCGAAGAGUUAAAUAACGAAAAGAGAAGUUUGCCUUCGCAGCAGGCGUAUUAUGAAGCCAAAAAUUUACAUCCUCACAUAGAAUAUCAAUAUUGGGUAACCGCUUCCACCCGAGUGGGAGAAGGUAAAAGUUCCAGAGUAGCUUCGCAAAUAACGACUAAUCGUGUACCUGCGCGUAUAGUUUCAUUUGGUGGACCCACAGUUAGACCUUGGCGUUCCACCGUAACAUUAUCCUGCACGGCAGUUGGCAAACCAAAACGUGAAUGGUUUAAAGCUGAUGUUCCCAUUAGACAAGGAGGUCUCCACAAUACCCAACUACUAGAUUCAGGAGAUUUAAUAAUUUCCAGCCUACAGGUUUCCGAUAGCGGCAACUACAGUUGUCAAGUUGACAACGGCAUUGGCACCGAUCGCCUUACACAUAUUCUUCUCGUACAAGUGCCUCCCUCUGCACCUGUUCUUUACGUGACCAGUGCUACUACCAGCAGUAUUUUAAUGCACUGGAAAUGUGGCUUCACAGGAAAUGCUCCAAUAACUGGCUAUACUUUAUACUAUAGACGAGCGAGUGGUAAUAUUGAGGAAAUGCUUUUAUCACGUCAUGCUUCUAGUCAUGAACUAAAAGGGUUAGUUUGUGGCAGCACCUAUCAAAUACAUUUAACAGCUCAUAAUAAAGUCGGCACAUCACCGACCAGCAUAACACUGCAUGUUAGAACUCAGGGACAAUCGCCGGGUGUGCCUUCGACAACAACAUUAAUUGCUCCUAAUUCAACUUCGGUAACGAUAAGACUGCACACGUGGCCAGAUAAUGGCUGUCCUAUGUUAUAUUUUGUUUUACAAUAUCGAUCGGUUACCGAUGGACCAGAACAUGAUUGGGUGUUGGUGUCAAAUGCCCUUAAACCACAACGACGUUUUACAAUAUCUGGUCUACAACCAUCCACACUCUAUCAAUUGCGCAUGGAGGCACACAAUGUGGCUGGUGUGUCACAGGCUGAAUUUACUUUUGUAACACUCACCAAAGAGGGUGAUCCCCCGCCGCCAGAGAUUGUUCAACGCGGACAACGCGGAUCGAAUGUAUUUUAUGGAAAUGUUAACCUAUUAAUACCCAGCAUUGCCACCGUAUCGGGAAUGAUUUGUACAAUUGCAUUGGUUUUUAUGUGCUACAGACACAAACAAGCUGGACGCAUACAAAAGGAAUCUUUGGAAAAUCGUCAAAAUUCAGAAGCGGCACAACGUGAACGUUAUUAUGCUACCAUUCACAAAGUUUCACUACAAAAUAAUGAUAAAAUACCAGAAACCUCAGAGGAUAUUUCACCAUAUGCUACGUUUCAACUAUCAGAAAGUGGAAAUAUGUCUCAACCACAUCAUGCUGGCCCAGCCAAUACACUGCUGCAUUCAUUUAUGUAUCAUGAACGUGCUUUAACGGAGGGUUGCUCAUCGACACCACCUGCUGCGUCUUCUAAAAAUCGACGUCGUCAUUCCCGCAAAACAGAGCCAGAAAGUGAAGAAUCUGAAUCGGAUCAAGAUCAAUUGACUUCAAGUCGGACAGAGUCAUCCAAUCAACAUGAGGGGAAAAUGAAGCACAGUAUCAUCUACCAUGGAGCACAAUCAAGCACAUCCUCUGAUCUAUCACCAAUGUCCGAACAAAAAUCAUUGCCACGUCGCGGUCGUUCAAGGUAUCAUCAUCAAUUAUAUCAGUUUUCCACCAACACAACACCGCGACAUCAUAACAAUAGCAAAAACUCGUCUAGUAAUAAUUCCAAUUCGAAUAAGAUACUUUCGCCACGCAGUGGUGUCGGUAAUUUAAAAUCCAUAUCGAGUACAUUUAAAUCACAAGAUUCCAUACAAUGUCACAUACCCACAUUGGUUAAGUCACCUUCCAUAACACAACAACAGCAACAACACCAAUUGCAGCAACACCAACAAAAACACCACAACCAACAACAGCAACAAUCAAACAUAAAUACAUCCAGUAGUUUUACCAGUAGCAAUAGUAGUAAAUUAUCACAACAACCCCUACUUGUCACACCCAAAAUUGCACCACACCCACAUUCCCAACAGCACAACACCGCAAACCUUAAUAAUGACCACCACUCAUCCGAACUGUUAGAUAGUAGUAGUUGUACUAACUCCUCCCUUGCAUCUGUAGCCCCCUCCCUGGCAUGCAUGCAGCCAUCAUCACAAUUUCGUCCCAUAGCUCAUAAGGCCGAUGAAGGUCUAUCGGGUGGUACUCUAUUAAAUCCAUCCACAGCACCUCUAUCGUCAAAAUUCUUUACGGCACCAACACUUUAUUGUUCCAACAACAGCAUUGACUUCAAUCAACAACAGCAACACAAAUACUUUCAUUGUGUAUAUAUAGAAAAACUAUGUACUACCCAAAUACUUGUCCAAUCUAUAUAUAUAAUUAGGCCUGGAGGUGCUAUACGCACCCUGCAUCCAUUGCAGCUACAAGCUGAAUGCAAUGUAAUUUCCAAUAGUGGAUUCCAUCAAAUACCCGUUGAUGUAGCGAUGCCUGCGGAACGUGCUGAACAAGUUGCACAGGUUGAGUGUGAUGUGGAAACGUUGAAAAAAUUGAAAUUAGGUCUAAGAUCAACACUCUGGUCACGUCCGGCCUCAACAACAUCACAUUUGUUACGUCAACAACAGCAGCAACAGCAAAGACCGCAAGAGAAUCGUCCCAUAUCUCAGCCACAAUUACAGCAACUUCAGCAGCAGCAGCAACAACAACAGCAGCAAUUGCAACCACAGCAACAACAACAAGUUGUACAUAAAAACCAACAGCAACAACCCUCAACAUCACCAUCGCCCUCAUCCGCAACAACAGCAACACAAAAACAACAACAACAGCAAUCACGACAACAUUCACCAGCACCCACACAAAAACUUUUAACUGAAAAAUCCGAUUAUUCCAUAUCGGUGUGAGAUAAAUAUUAAUAGAACCCAUUUAGUUAUUGUUGUUGUUAAAAUUUACAAUUUAAUAAAAAAACAACUUCCUCGAUACACAGAAAACAAUAAUUAAUUGAAAUUAAGAUGAAAUUAGUAAGAAAAACAUUUUAAUAUUAAUUAGACUGCAACUAAUGACAGCGUUUAGUAAACUAUUAUUCAUUGUUGUACAAAUAUUUACUUCCAACAAAUUCCUUUUAUUUGUGGUCUUUUCUAUGUUAAACAAGCACCGGUGUUGAUGGCAAUUUGUUAAAUUUUAUUAAAUUGUUUUAUUAGUUGAAACGUUAUGAAAGUAAGGAAAAUGAAAAGUAUUUGUGUAUGUGUUUUGUGUCAGUUUUUUUCUUGAGUAUUUCUGCCCAGUAGGAACGAAUAAGUGGUAUUGCUUAAAAAAUAUUGACCAAUUAUAUUUAACCAUCCAAAAAGGAGAAAUGUGUAACGGCGUUGAUUUCUCGGCAGCUCUUAACUGACUUCUGUUCUGAAAAGUUUGAUUUAUAAAUUCGUAAAAAAUACCCAGUUUAACCUCGUUUUCAAUUGACUUUGAGUUGUGGGUAGGGUCCAAUGUAGAACAGUUUUUACUAUAUGAAAGGGGCAUGUUUUGGACUACUUUUUACUCAAUAUAUUUAAACAGGUAAUGUAGUAUGCGGCUGAAUGUUUUCUGAUAGUUCUUCAGCCAGGCUUAAAAUCUUUGUUGAAUUUUAUUUCUCGCCAAUACUCGAUUUUUUAGUGAAAACGUCAAAGUGUCUUUUAAACCAUUAAACAAAAAUAAUGUUGAGUCCUUAAUAACUUAAUUAAAAAAAUAUAAAUUUGGGACUGUCAAAACUCCACUUAGUUUUUGCCCUACACCACUAUUGUGGUGUUAUAUUCCUAUCGCACAAAGAUAUUCAUCCUACAUCCACCUUAAAGCGGCUUAAAAUAGUAUGACUCGAUUUAGCCACGUCCGUCCGUCCAUCAGGAUGGCUGUCCAUCGAUAGCUUGUGUAGAAGGUACAAAAAUCAGGCAUGAAAGUUAUUCUUUAAAAACGCGAAAUUUGAUUUUGUUCAAACACAAUGAUAUAAUUUACAUAUAAUGUUUAGAUUUGGAAAUAACUAAUAUUUAAGCCCGAUACCAAGUGAUAUUUUUUGGUCAUUAUACCCUACACCACUAUAGUGUGCUGAUGUUUGUAACGCCCAAAAAUAUUGGUUCUAGACCCAUCUUUAAGUAUAACA